AUGGAAUCGGAAAUCCCCUCCAGCGAUCACGGCUACUAUGGAGAAGACGAAGACGAGGAUGACGACAACGACGACGACAACGACGAAGAGGAGGAGGAGGAUGAGGAAGAGGAUGAGACCACCGACGACGUCCUCCUGGCGCUCUUCCGCCAGCGCACCGGGUGGACGGACUGGGGCACCCUGCAGCACGAGGCCGCGCUCGGCUGCCGCGUCGGCUGGCGGGAGUGGCUCGUGGCGUUCUCGCCCGCGUGGGAGUCGCCGUUCCUGGUGUUCGAUUGCGGGAGGGCCGAGGAGUUUGUCUGGGGCUUGCGUGGCGUGGAGGAGCUGUGGGACGGGGUGGGGGGACGGGGACGGGGACGGGGACGGGGACGGGGCUGCGCUGCGGUGGAGGAGGUUGAGGAGAAAGGCGGCAGCUCGGAGUCGAUCGAGGCGGGGGAGGAUGGGGUCUUUGGUGGGCUUGCUUGUCGCGGAGGCGAUGGAUUGGAUUCGGGUCGAGGAUGGUUGUCGACGGUGCUUUCCGUUUUUUGCGUGCUUGUCUUUUUGUGGGGGUUGGGUGUCAAUGAGCAGGCGCGCGGACGAGAUACGAAAGAGGCACUGGAUUACUCGGACUAUAUCGCCCAAAGGAUAUGUGUACUAUCUCAGUCUGUAACAGAACGAUGA